GGCUACCCGUUCGGCACGCUGGUUGACUUCGCCUCCGACGGCGCCGGCUACCCGGUGUUCUGCCUCUCGCCGCUCGCCAUCCACUCGCGCAACCUAAUCGAGGAACCCAGGUGUUCGUUGGUUGUCCAGAUGCCCGGGUGGACGGGGCUGGCCAACGCGCGGGUGACCAUCUUCGGGGACGUGUACCAGCUGCCCCCGGACCUGCAGGACUCUGCUCGCGACAUCUUCGUCGCCAAGCACAGCAACGAGCGCAAGGAGCGCUGGGUGAGCGGCAACUUCGUCUACUUCCGCAUGAACCGCAUCGUGGACAUCUACUUCGUGGGCGGGUUCGGCACGGUGCAGUGGAUCGCGCCGGAGGAGUACCUGGCGGCCACCCCGGACGAGAUCGUGCUCAGCAACCCCAACCAUGUGCUGCAGGUGCUGAACGAGCAGUUCGCGCCUGUCCUGCGCUCCCAGCUGGGUUGCGGCGGCAAGUCGGUGGACGAGCUGGUGUUCAUUUCCAUCGACGCGCUGGGGGUGGACAUCCGCGUGCGCACCGGGCAGGAGUUCAGCGUGGAGCGGAUCGGGUUCGUGGAGCGGGUGGUUAACCUGAACCAGGUCACAGCGGCGAUGCGGAAAGUGGUGGAGGACGUGUGCAGGGUAGCGGCG